GAAAAUGACAAAGCAUUUUUGUGUAAAAAAUAUCAUUACAUGAAUGAUAACAUGUAAAAUAUGAACGGCUGUCAAUCUAUUAUAUAUUUGUAAAAUCUGGUAUUAAAAUGCUUUCACCAGAAGAUGUUAUGCGAAAAGAUCUGAAGUUAGUUCAUGGUUGUCCCAUGCCCUGUGCUUUUGUGAGCAACUGGGAAAGGAUUGAACAGUUUCGUAGUAGACCAGAUGACAUUGUGAUAGCCACUUAUCCUAAAUCAGGUAAUACUUGGGUUAGUGAAAUUGUAGACAUGAUUCUUAAUGAUGGAGAUGUUGAAAAAUGUAAGCGAGAUGUUAUUAACAAAAGAGUUCCAAUGUUGGAAAUGUCUCUCUCUGGAGUAAGAGUAUCAGGUGUAGAAGAAUUAGAGAAGAAUCCAUCACCCCGGAUUGUGAAAACACAUCUACCUACUGAUCUUCUUCCUAAGUCUUUCUGGGAGAACAACUGCAAGAUUAUUUAUGUGGCUCGUAAUGCCAAGGAUGUUUCGGUCUCAUAUUACCAUUUCGACUUAAUGAAUAAUUUACAACCUUUUCCUGGUACCUGGGAAGAAUAUCUGGAGAAAUUUAUAACUGGAAAAGUGAGCUAUGGUUCCUGGUUUACUCAUGUUAAAAACUGGUGGAAGAUAAAGGAAGAACACCCAAUACUUUUCUUGCACUAUGAAGAUAUGAAAGAGAAUCCAAAGGAGGAAAUCAAGAAGAUCAUGAAAUUUCUAGAGAAGAACCUGAAUGAUGAGAUCUUGGAUAGGAUCAUCCAUCACACUUCAUUUGAAGUGAUGAAGGACAAUCCUUUGGUGAAUUAUACACAUCUACCAACUAUGGUGAUGGAUCACAGCAAGUCCCCUUUUAUGCGUAAAGGGAUCAUUGGUGACUGGAGGAAUUACUUCACAGUGGCCCAAAAUGAGAAAUUUGAUGCCAUUUAUAAGACAGAAAUGUCUGAAACUGCACUUCGAUUCCGCACAGAGAUUUCAAGUGCCUAAAUCAUAAAUCUGAAGAAAGAAGAGAUUGUCUACAGUUGAUUGAAAUGAGGGCAGUUAAUAAUGGAUUUGGGCAAUCAAAUGAAUUUAUAAAGGAAUAAUAUGCUUUUAAAACAUUGAUUUUUUGCAGUGUUAUUAAUCACAUCCCAAUUUUGUUUCUUUGAUUCUGAGGUUCCAAAUUCUCGAAGGCUGAAGUUGAUUAUUAUCUUUUUGUAUCAAAGAAAUAAUGUAA